CUUUCAUCUCCCUUAAUCUCUAAAACCUUCGACGGUGUAUAUCUUUAACCUGAACAGAUUGUGUUACAUCCCCAAAAACACACAACACAUUUUAUCGACAGAUCAAUUAAGAAACAGAGCUAGUAUCAAAGUCAUUCUAUAUAUGUCGUCGAUAGUUUAGAGUAGUUCGUAAAGAUCGCACUACUUAUUCUUACGAUACUUUCGUAUUUCUGUGAUUAUUUACAAUGACUGUUUGCAAACAGUUUGACAGAUUAUGUGAGAAUAACAUAUGAGUUUUUAUAUUAUAAGAUGUGACAAAUAGAAUUAUUAUUGCAAUUGUGAAUGUUAUAACAGUCUUCCCUGAUAAUGAGAGCUGCUCUCCUGUUUUUAAUUUUAACUCAAGCAAGAGGAAAAACAAUACAAACAUGUCCACAAUAUUGUACAUGUAAGCUUGGUGCACAAGCAGAAUGGUUACGUGUUAAAUGUAGCAAUGAAUUACAAGAUAUUAAAAAUAUUAAUAUUGAUAUUGUCAGUGUGGAAUUAGUACAAUUGGAUUUAAGCAAAAAUAAUAUUUAUGCCAUUGAAGUUAAUAUCUUUAAAAACUUAACAAAUCUCAAACGUUUGGAUUUAUCGCAAAACAAUAUAACUCACAUUGGCGAAGGUUGUUUUAAUGGACUUGGAAAUUUAGAGAAACUAGAUUUAAGUGACAACGAAAUUUUAUCCAUAGAUGCUUAUGCAUUUCGAAAAUUAUCCAAUUUAAAAAAACUUGAUUUGUCAAGAAACAACAUAAAUAUCGUGAUAUCGUCAUUGUUUCAUGAUUUACUGGCUUUAGAACAUUUGAAAUUAAAUGAAAACAAGUUAACAUCUUUAAAGGAAGGCACUUUCUACCGUCUUAAAUCUUUAAAACAGUUGGAUCUAUCUGGUAAUCCAUGGAAAUGUGAUUGUGAAUUAUAUUGGUUUAGUGAUUGGGUUCAUAAAAGUUCUGUCAAGUUAAUUAAUGCUCCAAAAUGUGUAUCCCCUGCAAACAUUAAAGGGGAAUUUGUAAAAAAAUUAAGAUAUUCGGAAAAUAUUCAAUGUCAGUGGUUGCCUCCUACAAUAGAACUUCGACCAAUUCAUAAUCAAGUUGUUUUUGUUGGAGAUUCGUUAACUUUGAAAUGUAGAGCUCCUAGUAUCACAGAAGACAAAAAUGCUAAACUGAGUUGGUUAUGGUAUCCAAAUACAACUACUAACAUUGUGGAUUUAAAUUCAUUUUCUGAUCCACAAGAAAGUCUAUCUAAUAUUAAAAUUGAUAAUAGAUAUCUAAGAGACAGUGGAAUUGUAGACAGUUCACUUAGCAUUAUUUCAGUUAAAGAAGAACAUAAUGGACAGUGGAAUUGUUUACUACUUUCAGUAAAUGGCAAUAGAACAAAAUCAAUUACAGUAAUUGUCAUUUCUGAUCAAACUCGUUAUUGUCCUUUAGCAGUAACUAAAACCAAUAAAGGUGUUUACACAUGGCCAAAAACUGUAGUGGGAUGGAGAGCGGAAUUGCCAUGUGAAAGUAAUCACUUCUCGGGUUUAGUGCAAAUCCCUUUAAAAGCAUUUUAUCAGUGCAAUAGCACAGGAUAUUGGGAAGGUUUAGAUACAGAAUUAUGUCCUUACGUAUCUCAAACAACAAAAACCUUAGAACAAUUUUCUAAGGUCAAUCUUUCUUUUGCAAAAAUCAAUUUAUUGGAAACAGCAAAAAAAUUUAAAAAUUACACAGGACAUGACAUAAAAGUAACUGAUCCUAUUGAAGUUAAUUUUAUAACACAAACGAUUGAAAAAUAUUUAAAUUUUUUAGUCGAAGAAAAGGAACUUGGUACUCUAUUACUCGAUAUUAUCAGUAGUGUAAGUAAUUUACCAAAAAAUAUUUUAAAAAGAGCUGAAAUUUCUUUUAAAUCUUGCACAAGAUUAAUAAAGACAGUGGAAAAGAUAGUGCAGUCUACUCCAUCAUUGCAAUCAUUCAGGAAAAAUGUAGCACUAGAAGAAUUUAAAAUAAAACGCAACAGCUUCAUUGGAUUAAUAUGUACAUGGUACUCUAGUACCAUUUCCAUUGGUGACUCAGAAUCCAAAUUUUUACAAUGUACUACAAACAAUAGAACUAUUCCGAUUAAUACAAAAGAUAAAAUAAUUGAAGCUUCGAUACAUUUGCCUGCAUCAAUAUUGGAAUAUUCACAAGAAGUCAAUACUCAACAGUUAAUGAUUUCUGCAUACAGCAAUAACAAAUUAUUUCCUAUUGGUGAUAAUGUAAACAGUAACUUUCAUAAAAGUAAUACUAUGGAUAUUACAUCAUGUAUUAUUGGAAGCAAAUUAUUCGGAAUACCAGUAAAAAAUUUAACUGAACCUGUAAACAUCACAUUAAGAGUUCCAACAUAUUAUUAUGUGGGGGAAAAGUUACAACCAAUGGUUUGGGAUGAAACAUUUAAUAGAUCAGGUGGUUGGACAAGCGAUGGUUGUUCUUUGGGAAAUGUGUCAAAUGAUUUAAUAGUAUUUUAUUGCAAUCGGUUAGGAUACUAUGGACUUUUACAAGACACUUCUUACCUGGAUCAAAACAGUAAUAGUUUCUCUUUUAGUAUACUUGGAACAAAAUUUAGGUACUCAAACCCUAUAAUAUACAUCGGAAGUGCAAUAACAAUAACAUGUUUAAUUAUUAUCUCUAUAACGUACAUCAUUUGUCAUGCAUCAAUUGCUAUGCCAAAAAAAGUAAAACAUUGUGUUAUUAAUACUUGGUUCGCCAUAGCAUUAUUAUCAUUCUCUUAUACUAUUGGUAUUCAUCAAACAGAAAAUAUUCAAAUUUGUCAAGGUGUUGGCUUAACGCUUCAUUAUUUAUCUUUAUGUUCUUUACUAUGGAUGGCAGUAUCUGCUAGUAAUAUGUACAAUCAGUUUUCUAAAUCAGAUCUUGGAGAUAUUUCAAAUAAUGAACUACCAGACGAACCGAUACCAAAACCAUUAUUGGGCCUUUAUUUGGUUGGUUGGGGUAUAGCUAUGAUAAUUUGUGGUAUAUCUGGAGCAAUAAAUCUGCAAGAGUAUGCAGGAUAUUCGUAUUGCUUCCUUACAUCUGGUCCUGCUCUUGCUGGACUUUUCCUUCCAGCUGCAAUUUUAAUUGUAUAUUUGAUUAUUUUUCAUUUACUUAUUAAAUGUGCACUUCAAAAUGUUGAUGUGAUUGGUCAAUCAUUCGAAGGCACGCAAGGUACAGAAAAUAUGGAUUUAGAAUUAUUAGAACCGAGUUCCAAUCUGCCUAUAAAUAGAAAUAGUAUACAUAGUGCACAAUUAUCUUCUGAUAUUGUGGAUUCUGAACACUCUCAAAUAAGGCAAUUAAAAGGACAAAUUGUUGUGUUCAUUUUAUAUCUGUUUUCAUGGCUCGCAGCAGCAGCAGCAAUCAUAAAACCAUUCAGUUCAUACAUAUCAUUUGAUGAUAUUAUAUUUUCUAUUCUAUAUUCAAUAUUUUCAAGUUCACUUGGUAUUUUUAUACUUAUUUUUUAUGGGAUUAUACGAAAUGAUGUUAAAUCAGAGUGGUUGAAAAUGAGCUGUUGGCUUCAAAAACGGAAAAACCGGUGUUGUAGAACAAGAAGCAUUUCUGAUACAAAUCCUGUAAUACCAACACAUCCUUUAGCGCAACAUUUGGUACCACCAUUACCUAAUUCUCAGGCUAUUCAAGUAACAUCUGAUUCCAAUUCCAUUGAUUCAUCAAGAUGUACAAAUCGAUCACAAAUGUGUAAUGCUUUCAAAUUUACAGAUACUUUAAGCAAUCGGGAAUCUUUACCUGAUGUUAGGAAAUUGGGAAAUGUAAAUUUAGUUGUAUUACACCGACAACAAUAUAGGUCUAAUAAUUCUGUUACAACAUAUAUUGAACCGACUUGUGUUGAAAUGUUUUAUAAUCCUCAUCAAAGUGGUGUUGCUAGAAAGUUCUUUAGAAAACAGCGCCGUCAUACAAAAAAUAAUAAUCUCGGUCCUAGGAAACAAGGUGAUGGUGGUGCUACCAGUGAUGCUGGUAGUUGUAUUUCUGUACCACGACCUACAGCAAAACUAGAAAGUAAUAUAAGUCAAACUAUUUUAAGUAGUAGUGCAAAAGUAAAUAAUACAAAUAUUCAUGUCGAACUAAAUCCAAUAAAGGAUGUUAAAAAUGUUAACAUUCUCUCGGAUAGUGGUGGAAGCAUAUCAGAAGAAAGAAAUGUUCCAAUGCGAUUUGUUAUUGGUCAAGAAAGUCUUCUUCGAAAUGUUAGUAAAAUUAACAACAAUUGUAAAUUCCAAAAGACAGUUUCACAUGACUCAGAUAUAGACAUUAAAAGUGACGAAGAGAAACAUUUACGAAAUGUUUCACAACAGUGUAGCUUAGAAUACAGUUCUGAAAUUGAAUCAGCCACUCAGAUGACAAGCGAAAGAAGUGAUCAUAAUUUACCAGAAAUUUACGAAAUUGCAGAGACAGUAGUAGAAGAAAAAUUUGUAAGGAAAAGAUGUCACAGUAUGAAUGAAUCUCAUGAGAUAAGACAAUAUUACCCAAAAAUUAAUUUACAACAUUUAUCUCAUUCUAAUAGUAUGUAUUGUCUUCCAGUAGACACUGCAAAAUCAUUAAAAAGUGAUUAUUGUAAUUCACUGAACGAUAUUGCAUCCUUCAUUAGUUCAGAGAACUAUAAACGCUCAAAAUCAUUAUUAAUAAAUACACAAUGUAUUACAAGCACAAUUUUAUAUGAUCAAGUUUCUGUUUCUCGAAAAUCACUUGAUCAAUCCGAAUUAUUAUCUGAAAAAAACAAUCUAAUUAGUGAAAAUACACCUAAUUUAGAGCAAACAUUGAGUAUUAAUCCUUCAAUAAACAUUGAACGUGUCACUAAUAUGUGCACCAAUGAAUGUAAUUCUUAUUUUCCUACAGAAAUAACAGUAUCUAACAGAAAUCACACCAAUAUGCCACAAGAGUCUAAAGAAAAAACUAUUAAUUGUUUAACUGACACAAAAUCACUUAUAUCAAGUCCUCGCCAUAUUGUGAAAAAUUUUAAUUCGAGCAGUGAAAUAGAAAAUGUAAACAAAAAUACAAACUUAAACAGUGUACAACAGACUGAAAUCAGUAAAUUUUAUUUACAAAAUCGAAAAAUUUAUCUACAAGUUUCCAAGAAGGAAACAAGCGUUUAAUCAAAUCAGUUUAGUUAUACAUAUGUAACAAAUAGCAUUUAUUUUAGUAAAAGCAUUUUAAAAACAAACAUAAUUUAAUGAUAAUGAUUAAAUUGUAUUAAAUCUAAGAAAUUAAAUAACUUAUUGUGUCAUGCCAAGAUUUUUAUAAAGUAUAGUUCCUAUAAUGAUAAAAAUUAUUCUUUGUAUAGAAAUAUUUUAUCUUCUACAAAUGUCUUUUCUAAAAACACCAAACAUUUAUGAUACAUUUUUUUAUACAGAAACGUAGGAGAAUUAUACAUCUCAAACUGCUUUUGGAACAUGUUUUUAUUUUCAAAAGUAUACAUGUAUAUUUAACAAGUAUGAAUUCAAAAUAUUAAUAACCGCAUUUAUUACAUAAAAUGAAUUUGUCCCCUCAUUUUAGUCAUAUAUUAACUACAAACAGAAAGAAGUAAUUGUAAUGUAUAUAAUUACAAUUGAAUGAAAUAUUGUCAAUCACAUUCAUUCUUUUUACAUACUUUUGUACUGAUGUAUUUGUAAUAAUAUUUUAUAUAAUCUAUAUUAUAACAUAACACUGUAUAUCGCUUUCUAAAAUAUUCUUAUAGAA